AUGUCUCUCAAGCGCAAAGAACCCAUGGAUGAGUAUUUCUCACUGCCAAAACUUCUGAUCUUCGCCCCACCACUAACAGUUAUUUUGCCCAAGCUACUACAUCAUCAACCACUGCUAAUCACGUCACACAGGAUCCUCAAGUCUCGCAUCAUCACAUUCGUCAUUGGCCCUGAAAAGGAGCAAUUCAUAGCUCACGAGUCCUCCAUAGCCGGUCUUUCCGAGCCUCUCCGUGUUCUAGUCACUGGAAACAUGAAAGAAGCCAUCGAGGCUAAGGUCACCUGGGAAGACGUGGAACCGGCUGUAUUUGUCAGUUUGAUGGAGUUUGCAUACAAUGGCAACUUUUCGACCCCAAAAUCAGAACAGCAAGGAAACCGCGGGGUGGAAGCUCCUGACUUGAAUGAAGAAUCAUGUGCGAAUGAGAGGGAAGACAAGAGAGACAAGGGAGACGCCAAGGACAAGGGAGACGACAGGGACGAGAGAGACGAUGAUGAACGACACAGACAGGGCGGAGAUUCGGGAAACCUCGACACCUGCCAGCCCACUGAUGAGGACACAACUCUGAUGAGCUGCUUGGAGGAAGACGACGACUCGACCUGGGAAGCAUGCGCAAACGGCAGGUUCUCGCACAAGCACUUUCGGCUCAAGCAUUUUCACCAGUUGAAAGACAGCCCGUCUAGCUUGGAUGUUGACAUUAUUCCUUAUGAUGUCAAGGCCUACAUAAUGACCGCAAAGCUUUACGUCAUAUCUGACAAGUACGACAUUGCGGCACUCAAGAGUCUUUGCCUUUACAAUUUCACCUACAACCUGGCUCACAUUAGCGGCAAGGAGGCCACUAUGGAUAUCCUGGCUGCUACUAUUCGAUACGUCCACGCACACACCAUGCCGAAAGACCAACUUCGAAAGUUGCUUUUGCGAUUCCUGAUCACGGAUAUGGAGUGGGCACUUGCCAACGAUAUAGUAAGGAAGAUGCUCGACGACAUUCCCGAGCUUGCUUCUCAGCUGAUACUCCUGGUGCCUUCCUACUACUGGGAGGAGCUCAAAGAUGGAAGUCUGCUUCCCAUUACUAUCGUGGCUACAGAGGACUCAUACUUGUGUGAGACAAAAUCAUUCAGCUCUGGAUCCAAAGGUAGUAUGGCGGAACCUGGAACUGCUGGCGGACCUGCGCCAACUUCUCCACCUCGAUCCCCAGAGGUCCCUGAGGUCCCAGAGGAGCCAGUGAAUGUUCCUGAAAACCUUCCUGAAGGUGCCAUUGAGCCUCAAGAAAAUCUCAAUGACGAGGCAGAAGGCUAUGAGUCGGCUUCCGAUACAGUUACCAAUGCUUCCACCUCGCUAUCAUCGUCCGUUCGAGACUUCAACUUCGAGAACAACCGACGAUAUCACAAGUACAAAGAGGGACGGUACACAUUUCCCAACGACGAUGCUGAACAAGAAAGAGAAGAUAUGAAACACGCAAUGGUAGUGAGCAUAUGCGGCGGCAAGUUGCAUACCGCGCCGCUUGAAAACCCUCAAAAGAUUCUGGAUAUAGGUACCGGCACCGGUAUCUGGGCCAUUGACAUGGGCGAUGAAUACCCGGAAGCUGAGAUCACUGGUAUCGAUCUGAGCCCAAUCCAACCCUCAUAUGUGCCGCCGAAUGUGCACUUCAUCGUUGAUGAUGUGGAGGCUGAAUGGCUGUAUCCGGAUAAUUCUAUCGACUACAUUCACCUGAGGCACAUGAGCCCGGCCAUCAGAGACUGGACGAAGGUUCUUGAUCAGGCAUACAGGGUUCUGAAGCCGGGUGGCUGGAUCGAACUCCAAGAGAUGUGGUGGUUUUACCACUGCGACGAUGGGACUAUGCCUGAGGAUUACGCCUUGACAAAGAUGAUCAAGCUCAUUUGGGACGGCCUCGAAAAGUUCGGCAUUGAUCGCAAUCUACCCAACUCUUACUCAGGACGAAUUGAAGAAGCGGGAUUUGUGAAUCAAGUGCGCGACAAAGUGAAGGUCCCAUUCGGGGGGUGGCCGAAACGACCUGACCUAAGAAUGAUCGGAUCGUAUUGCGCGGCAGUCGUUUAUGAUGGGCUAUACACUAUCAACCACGGGCCCUUGACGAAAGGCCUGGGCUGGACUACGGAGGAAGUUGAGGUCUUCCUAAUGGAGAUCCGAAAGGACCUGUUGAAUACGUCGAUCCACUCAUACGUCCACUAUGAGACCGUUGCGGGCCAGAAGCCAAGGGGGGAGAACGUAUGA